CAUGUACAUAAAGCAUUUUCUAACCUCUCGGCUUCUGUGGCACUUCGGACUUCGAAAAAAAAUGAACGAAAGAGGAGAACUUUUCCUCUGGUGAUGAUAACGUUCAUCUUGUGGAGAUUGUCAAGGAACAUACAAAGGGUAGGGAGCAGGAGAUAUGAUGCAGACUCCUUGCAUAAGAAGAACCACGCCUGGAAAAUGAUACAUGAAGCUUACAAUUCCUCGUGCCCCAGUGGAAACACCCGAUCCCUUGACCAAUUGAAGGGGCUGUGGAACAGAUUGAAGGUCAAGACUACUCAAGAUCGCGGUCAGCAGCGCAAAGAGGCGGAGAAGACGGGCAGAGGAGAGGAGCCACCUGAAAUGGAUGAGUUGAACAAUUACAUCAACGAAGUUGUGCUCCCUCCUCAUGCCAAAAGUCCGCUUCACAAUCCGUUUGAUUCGGACAGCAAAGGCAAGCCUCUGGAAGUUAGAACAGGUUAG